AUGCUGGCGCUGAUGGAGGCCCAGGCCUGCUGCCUGGAGCAGGGGCACCGGCUGACGCAGCAGCUGGAGAAAUAUCGCCGGGAACUGGCCGCCCAGCUGCACCAGCUGGUCCUGGAGUCGGCGCGGGAGAAGCGGGACAUGGAGCAGAGACACGCCAUGAUCAAACAGAAGGACCUGUCCCAGGACGAGGCGGUGCUGGAGGGGCGCGGGGAGGCGCCGGACGGGGUGGUGAUGGAGGGGUACCUCUACAAGCGAGCCAGCAAUGCCUUCAAGACAUGGAGCAGGCGCUGGUUCUCCAUCCAGAGCAAUCAGCUGGUGUAUCAGAAACGGGCCAAGGACGCGCUGACGGUGGUGGUGGAAGAUCUGCGGCUCUGCACCGUCAAACCCUGCCCCGACCACGAGCGGCGCUUCUGCUUCGAAGUCGUGUCCCCCUCCAAGAGCUGCCUGCUGCAGGCCGACUCGGACAGACACCAGCAGGCCUGGCUGACGGCCGUGCAGAACAGCAUCGCCUCGGCCUUCAGCGAGGGGCGGGCCGAGCCCCCCGGCCAGCACCCGGAGCGCCCAGCCUCGCUGGUGGCUGGCACCCUGGAGGCGUCGGGCCGGAGCCCGCGGGCGGGCGGGGACAAGCGGGUGCUGGACCAGGUGCAGCGGCUGGAGGGGAACGCACAGUGCUGUGACUGCCGGGAGCCCGCGCCCGAGUGGGCCAGCAUCAACCUGGGCAUCACGCUGUGCAUCGAGUGCUCCGGCAUCCACCGGAGCCUGGGGGUCCAUUUCUCCAAGGUUCGCUCCCUGACGCUCGACUCCUGGGAGCCGGAGCUCGUCAAGCUGAUGUGCGAACUGGGGAACGGAGCCCUGAACCGCAUCUACGAGGCGCGUGUGGACGAGAUGACCGUCAAGAGACCCCAACCCGGCUGCUCCCGGGCGGAGAAGGAGAGCUGGAUCCGGGCCAAAUACGUGGAGAAGAAAUUCAUCACCAAGUUGCCAGAGGCACGGCUGAGCCGGGUGGGGCGCCGGGGCCCCCCCGACCGGGACCGGCUCCCCCGACCCCCCCUCAAGCCCAAACCGGGCAGCAUUAGCAUUAGCCGGGCUGCAG